UCCAGCUUAGAUUUUGAAGAAUGCGCCCAUAAGUUGAUUAAAAUGGAUUUUCCGGAUAGCCAAACUGUAAGUCUUAGUAUUUAUUUAAAUACUGUCCACUAUAUAUUAUGCUUAUGUGAUUGUUUGUUACUCAAAUUCUGUUUUGGAUUUCUUUUAAGUCUUGUAGCCAGUGGACAUCUAAACCAAUGUCUGAAUAAGAAAGCUGCAUGCAACCAGAGUUUGCCUCUUUUUUUGUUUAUUUUUUAACAAUAUUUUUUUAUCAGGUUUUAUAUAACAAAGUACAAAGAAAUAGAUUCAAAUUGAAUAGUAAGAGUUGAAGUCAAUGGCAAUCGUGUUACAUGGCUUCUCCAUUUUGGCUUUAUUUUUGUUAAUUAAAUCCUGACACAGUGUAUUAUGUCAUGUGUUGUUGGAGGUUGUAUUUACCUAAUUUUUACACCACCUAAGGAGCAAAUGAUUGUAAUUAUGUCCUGAUAUGUAAACACAUAGAACUGAAAGAGAGUGUUCUAUCUUUUUCCCAUAAUUCAACAGCACCAAAAUAAGCGAGGUAAUAUUCUCAAAGGACAGUGUGAACUACAACAAGCCCUAAUAGUUCUAAUAUUUAGAGUGCCCCUUUAAACUUUUAGCAUGCCCCAUAAAUAUUUGUAAAGAGAGGUUUUUGUUUUUGUUCUUGUAUUUUCGGAAUAUAACUUGCUGUUCCAGACAUUUUAGGUACGUUAAAGGGAUUCUAUAGUGUAAGGUUUAUAAAUCUGUAUUCCUUACACUAUAGUUCCCUCGUGCCCCUCUCCAUCCCCCAGCAUUGGGGGGGGGGCGGCAUUAAUGCGAGUGCCGCAAGCUCAUUAUGCUUUCCCCACAGGAAAGCAUUACAUCACUGCUUUCUAUGGGGAUUUUGCUGACGCUGGAUGACCGAAGUCCAGUGUCAGGUGACAAAAAGUCACCUAGCCACCAGGAAGUGCCUCUGGAGGUCUGAUUGACAGCCACUAGUGGCAGUGUUAGUCCUGCAAUGUAAUCAUUGCAGUUUGUCAACAACUGUAAUGUUUUACAUUGCAGGAUUAUGGGGGCCCUGCCUCCAAUCCGCCUCCUUGAUGAUAUCUUCAGCAUUGACGAUUUUUAGCCAAUCUAAUGCUUUCCCACAGGGAAAGUAUUGGUUUGGCUAAAAUCGACAAGGAUGCAGGAUGGGGACAGGGCCAAACGCCGUUUUGGCCAAUCAGCACUUCUUCAUAGAGAUACAUUGAAUCAAUGCAUCUCCGUGAGGAAAAUUCAGCGUCCUCAUGCAGCGUGUGGAGACGCUGAACGGCAGUGCUGCCUAUUGUGCAGCAUUGCCCCAGGAAGCAUCUCAGUAGCCAUCUGAGGAGUGGCCACUUGGAGGUGUCCCUAAAAGCAAUGUAAACACUGCCUUUUCGCUCUUAAAAAAAAAAAAAAGGGCAUUGUUUACAUUAAAUUGCCUGAAGGCAAUGAUUAUACUCACCAGAACAACUACAUUAACAUGUAGUUGUUCUGGUGACUAUAGUGUCCCUUUAAUAAUGAAAUGUAGAGAUUCUUUCUGUAAAUCUAAUAGUCUUCAAUCAUAUUAGUAUUAGUGAACAGUAUCUUCUUAAAAAGCUGGAAUAAAUGUGUUCUGGAUCAGGAUUAUAGGUGGGAGAAUUGUGGAACAGCAACUCUAGAUGACCAGCAGCAAGAUACAUUUUUGCACAUCUAUGCCUUGAUCAUUCUGACUGCUAUAUAAAAUGUUGACAGUAAAACAUAUCCAGAAUAUAUGGGUUAAGGUGUAUUUUGCAUUGUUGUAGUUUCCGCACUGGAAACAGUAUUUGCCUAUGGUAGUGAAACACUAAAUUUAAAGUAGGUCACACAGUUAUGAAUGAAUAUAUGUAUAUAAAAUUCAUAAUGCAGAAGUAAAACUUCAGCGAUAGAAAUACAGCAAGAGUUGACCGUCUCUCUCAAGUGAAUAAUGCCCAGUAGAACUUUAUAAAUGAAAAUAAUCAUUUAGCAAAAAAGAGAUUGGAGUAACUCUUUUAGCAGGACUCAGAAUUUCCACUAGCUAUCACCAAGCCUAUAUUUUAGCCUUGGUGCGUGUGUCCUGGACCGAUCAGGUUUGCGGUGGCUUGUUUUAAGGCCUUGGCUAGAAGUGUAAGGUUUGAAAUUGAAUGCCUUGUAUUAUGGGUUAACACAUUGUAUUUUAACAGAAAACAUAACCUAAUUAUAUAGGAGCAAUAGUUUACAUGGUAUUGAAUUACCCUAAUUGUAUUCCUUUGAUAACAGAAAGUGUAGUGUGUAUUAUUCUUAACUCUUUGCUAAUAUGUUAAUAAUCGUUUCCACAUUUUCUCACGUGCUUUCCAUGUACAUUGUCCCUACAUAUGAAUCAUUUAGCAUCCAAGUGUAUAUCAUCAGCCAUUCUCUGGCAGUAGAUAUUUUAUAUAAGUAGUUGAAAAAGAAAGUGCAGAUAUACAUUUACAAAAAUAUUAGUACAGAAGAACUAGAUAAUUUAAGAAUUUAUUGAGACUUAUUGACUCAUAACAAAAUGAAAAGAUUAAACUUUUUCUAUAAAUUAGAAAAAAAUGACAGAAAAAGUGGCAAUGGGAGUCCGACCUGAGAAUACAGAUAUGGGUUGUAUGCCUAGUCGUUCCGACUGUCUCAGAUACUGGAUGUGAAGUUGUGGGUAAAAACCCCGGUAUAUUUGUAGGUCUUUUGGAGCUAGAGAAAAAUGUUGUGGGCUGGAUGCCCGCGAAGUCAGUCGAUGGGUUCACAUAAAGAUGUUUGGAUACGUGAUGAAUAUUUCUUUGGAAUAAAGAAACAAAAUGAAAAACAUGCUAAACUAUGGUUAAUUCUCAUUAGAGUAAACCGAGUGACCAUUUACUCAUAGUCACAAUUAACUUUGGUAUUUAAGUUUCAUUAAAACACUAACUUCUUGCCAGUUUUGUCUGUCCCAAAGCGAUGACUCAGUGUGGAAUGUACAGUGCUGAAAGUAAGAAAUACUCAUUCUACAUAUCUAGAUAUAUAUUUUAAUAUUUAAUCCUUUCACAUUUCCUUCUCACACCUUUUCAUGUAAUCUAUAUUUUAGCAACUCCUCCCAUCAACUGAGAAAUUACACAGCCAAAAUGCAGUGUUUUGGUGGUGUACUAGCAGUUCAUAUAUUUAAUGGAAAAAAAUGAAUUUUUACAUUUGUGAUCACCUCUGUCUUAAAUACUGAUUUAUGCUAUUACAUGUAAUGCAAGUCACGUAAUGUCUGGGUGAAGUGGUUAUUUGCAUUUUUAUAGUUCUAAUAGACCAUAUUUCACUAGCCAUACGUGAAACCUGAUUAAUUUUGUGCUAUAAGCUUAAAUAUAGAACACUCAGCACAAAUUUAGUUUAAUAAGAUUAGUUCAAAUUAUGCUUCUUAUUUUAUUUAAAUUAAGUAUCGUUAGCAAUGAGGGCAGCUUUCUUGUAAUCUGUCUUCACCAGAUAUGUUUAAAUUGUAAUCUUUCAUUUUUAUCUAUAGUUCACUAUAAUAUUUUGCGAACCUUGUUAUUCUGUUACUCUAUCUGAACAGCGUUUAUAACUUUGAAUAGUAUGAAGGGAUUAUUCCACAGGAAACUAAUUAUCAUCUAAAUCUUCAUAAUCCUCAUUCACACUAACAUGUCCGCUAAAAGAUCUGUUUUGAAGCUGGAAUUUUUUUUUUUUAAAUUUAUUUUAUUUUUAAAUCAUCUUUCAUAUUUAAUUAUGUUUUAGAACAUGUUUUUUCAGAGAUUGGUUUCCUCGGAUGCCGUAGUGACGUAGUAUUAGAUCACAUCUGAAGAAUUUAUUUUUAGUAAGAUUUCCAAAGUAAAAACACUUCAAGGAAAAUAUUUUAAAUGUUAAGGCAUUACUUACCUAGCCCAUAUUUUGUGUAAUGUCUGUUUUUGUGUAACAAGCUAGACAAGCAAUACUCUCAUAUACACCAGAAGAAAGGAAGAUGAGUAAGACGCAUAACUCUUGAUUUAUUACAUUGUUUACACAUUAUUUUUAUUUUAUUUAUACAUUAGAAAAAAUAUUUAUUUUGUUCCGCAGCUAUUCCAGAACGGAGUCUUUUUGUUCUCCGACAUCUUUUUUUUUUUCCUGCCAGCUGAUUUGCAUCUAUCACUGCAUGCUCUGACAUACAGUUGUUUAUUAGCUAUUUUAAAGUGAGUCCCAGCAAACCUAACAAAGUUACGUGUUCAAAAUAUCCCAAAGGCAAAAUAAAAGCCACAACUAUAUUUUAAUGAUUAAGUUCCACCAAGACAUGUAUUUUUUAGAUGUAUAUUUGCUUUUGGUAUAUCUAUUUUUUGAUUUUGGUAUAUCUAAUUUUUUUUUUAAAGGGACACUGCUGGCACUGUAAUUGCUUUAUCUCAUUGAAAUGGCUACAGUGUCUGGAGUCCCAUGUAUCCAUCCUUCCGUUCAUUCAGUGUUAAAUGUUUAUGAAGAAGCAUUAACCUGAGCAGCAAUGGGUGGCUCUGAUUGGCUAUGAGUGUCAGUUGACCCCUUUCUGCCUAUCACAGUGGCCACUUCAGGUAUGAAUUGGUAUGUCUAGAAGGAAGUGUGUAAUCUCUGCCUUACCUCCAGUGGGAAGUGGGGUUAGGGGAAUCCAGGGACCCACAUGCACUUUUAAACUGCUUGCAUUUAGUUUAACACCCAAUGGAGGAUGUGGACUCCAAGCACUAUAACCAAUUUAAUGAGAUAAAAUGGUUAUUGUGCUUACAGUGUCACUUAACCUUUUGCAUCUUUCAGUGUACAAUCAAUGCUAGGUUGAAAACCUAUUUAAAAAUUGCUUUCUGUACCAGAGACAGACUUAGCAUUUUUUGUUCCGUUUUUUCUUAAGAACCCAUGACUUCCAAGGAUCAUUGACUGAUACUACUAUGUAUGCAUGGCAAUAUCAAUAGUAACAAACUGUGGUUUGCAAAGUUUCCAUAAAAUAAUUGUUGUUUUCAUAUCAUAAUUCUCUCAGGUAUUGUGGGCUUUCAUGGAUCAUGCUUCUUUUUAUGUGGAAAAGAUUCCAGCUGGUCUUGUCUGCUUGUUGUGUACAUCCAUAGCAAACUUCAUUAAAUUAACUUGCCUACAUACGCUAGUGCUACCUCAGAGACUUGCGCUUUACGAUGACAAUGUAUUCUUUAUUUCAGGCACUCAGUGAGACAGAAUAGUCAAAAAUUGUAACCCUGCGAUAGUGCAGCUAAUUGUUUUCUAUCGGAUUAUGUGAGUUAUAGAGCUGUAAUUCAUAUAGAAAUCAUUGCUACUGUGUGUGUGUGUUCAUUCAACGGUAAGAAUACAGAAUGAAUCAUAUCCUUAUGCAUUGUGUGUGUUGGCUCAGGACAUACUUGAAAACCAGAGGAAUAUCAAUGUAUCCGUCCUGGUUAAAUACUUUAUAAAUAAAUUAUACGCCUUGCAAAAAGUGCCACAGAAGAACCUUUUCCUUUUUUUUUUUUGGUGGGAUAAAGAUUGUUCCUUCUUACAGGACGUUGUUUUUCUAUGUGCUCUUUCUUGAAGACUGGACUUGGGCAUCCAUUUAAAACUUUCUUUGGAACCACAAUCUUCAUAUUUGUCUGUUCUUUACUCAUUACAUUUGCCGUGCAAUAGAUUUCCUUGACUUGACACUGUUCUCUUGUCGAUGAUCUUAAAUAUCCCUCUUAACUGCCUAAUAUUUUUCUGCUUGACACUUUUCAUUUCAUACAACUGUUUCAGCAGAUAAAGGCAUCCACUUUUAAUCCAGUAUGAAUCUCACAAGUGAGGCACAAAUUGCCCAUUAAAAGGCUGAGAUAGAGGAUACUUUUAACCUGCUCUUUAGUGCUUGCAACAAAAAUAAAAUGGCUUUAUAUCUUGCUUCGUCCUUUUAUGAUUGAUUUUUAAAUUACCUUUGGUUAGCGCAUACUAAAUGUGUUUAGAUGCUUAGAUUUAAAUAUGUGUAGUUGUCAAUUAAUAUUGUUUUUUUUUUUUUUUAAAUACACCCUUAUAGGCUAAGAAAACUUGCUUAAAGUACAUUACCAUGUAAAGUAAAUGUUAUUUGCCUGUAUAUGAUGUUAUUUUAUAGAUUCUCUGUUUUCCUUCAGUUGACAGUUUGGUUUGCUGAAUCUAGCUAUACACUGUUGCGAAAACAGUAUUGUUCCUGUAGAAAUGUUAACCCUGUCUCACUAUUAUUCCUGAUAUAAUAAAUAGCAAAGUACAUAACUAUGGCCUUGGACACGGCAAGGGUACAUUCUUUGCGUGUCAAAUAUCCAGUGAGUUUCAAAUAUAUUAAAUGUGAUUAGGCAAUUAAAGGAAAAUACCAUAUAUCUUUUAAACCACUGGUUUUCAAAUACAUUAAGACAUAUUUAGCUGAUGCUUCAGUAAUCCUCCUGGGAGAGAUCUUCUUUUUUUAGGUCAUAAUGCAAAUUGAACAAAGAUCUCCAACACAUCUGAAGUGUAUCAUCAUAGAUAUUUAAAAUUUUACAAGAUCCCUGCUGGGAUUAUCAAAUAGCCUUGUAAGCUAUGCUUCGCUCUCACCGACAUUUUUUUUUUUUUUUUCUGAUAUAGUUCUGUUAACCUAUUUCUUUAAUUCUUUACUCAGUUUGCAAAGAUAUAUGAAGGAUUCUACUCUAUAGUUCAGCAUACUAUAGUUCAGCAGGCAUGUGUUUGUGGUUUGGUCGUUCUAUAUUGGUAUAAAAGAUUGCUAGUUAUUGUUUGCAAGGUAUUUUCAGAAGUGUGUUGGCUAAAUGCCCCAGUUUGUCUUGAGAAAUGCUUGCUAUUAAUAUUCAGUGAACUGCUCAUUUAUGUAUUUAUUUUAGUACAAUAUACCCCCCUUCCUUCUCCUUUCUCUAUAUUCUGUUCUACAACAUCUCCCCUAUCUCCCAAGAUCCCUACACUAUACUACUGGAUAUGAUUAAAUCAAAACAGAUCUCAGAAUGUACUAUAGAGGGAAAAAAUAUACUACCUGCAACAUUUAACAUGACCCUAUAACUAUUCACCUCACUCCCAUUUCACAAUUGUUGUAUUCAUAUCACCAUACUUGUGAUUGAGUUGCACCAAUCUAAGCCACAGCGCUGGGAGAACUGACACUUAUUGGAGACCUCUUUACAUAUCUGUUAUAAUGUCAACAAAAUGUUGAAUGCCAGAUCGUGCGGGUCCGUGACUCCAGAUAUGAUAAAGCCCUCAAAAUGCCGACGUGUGAAGCGGUAUCCAUUGUACCAGUUGCCGGCACCACUUGAGCGGGCACGGCUUAGCCUUGGGUCUUCGGACACAACAGAGGUGGUGGUGGGGACCCCGACCCUGGUGAGUGGCUCUGUCAUACGGCCCACCCCAAAGCCUGGAAGCCCACGGCAUCUCUCCAUAAUGCCGGACUGUGUUCUGCCCCAUGAGGGCAUAGGUUGAGCUGAGCUGUAUAGUUGAACUCUUUGGACCAAUUAUUAUUUUAAACUCUUUAACAUGUUACACUGCGCUCUAUUUAACUAAUAGCCUGUUUGUUCACCUCAUGCUUUACUACAAACACAGAUAAGCCUAACACAUACCUUUGAGAAAGUUACCAAAAAAUUUUUUGCAAUCAAAGGACCUCUAUAGGCACCCAGACCACUUCAGCUCAGUGAGGUGGUCUGAGUGCCAGGUCCCCCUAGUUUUAACCCUGCAGCAGUUUCAGAGAAACUGCCAUGUUUACAUUGCGGGGUUAAUCCAGCCUCUAGUGGCUGUCUGCCUGACCGCCACUAGAGGCCGCUUCCGCGAUUCUCAGUUGGAUAAUCGCAUUGAACUCUAGCAGCGUUAGUUCAGAUCCCUAUAGGAAAACAUUGAGUAAUGCUUUCCUAUGGGCAGUUUUGGUGCGCGCACGGCUCUGACCGCACGUGCGCAUUCAGCUCCACUCGGGAGCUGACAUCAGCAGGAGGUCACCGGCGCAGAGGGAGCCCAAGCACUGGAUUAAGGUAAGUGGCUGAAGGGGUAUUGACCCCUUCAGCCCAGCGGGAGAGGGACCUCGAGAUAGGGGGGACCUAAUAACCCUAUAGUGCCAGGUUUUGUUUUCCUGGCACUAUAGUGCUCCUUUAACUCCUGAAGAUUUCAUUUAAGACUGAAUUAUAAAAUGCUGGAUUUCUGUUUUUCAUACAGAACCUGCUUACGAUGAUCUUUUAUGAAAUUCUGUAGUUCCACAUAAUUUAGUUUAUACAAGUUUUAUUGUUUUACCUCCCAUUGGGUUGUGUUUUUUUUGUAUGUGCAAAAUGACCACUUUCUGUAUGUGCCUGAAAAGGAUGGAAUAUUUGUUAACUUUUGAGAAAACUGUGCAAACUUCUUACAGACCUGAAGCUGAUGAGGUUGGCAAUCCAUUGUUAUAAAAUAGAUUUUCACUGGUAAAUGAUGUUAAUCUAAUUUCAACAGCUGAACUAUAGCUAUACAUCUGGUUUAUGUUACCAUUAAGACAGCCUUUGACUCUACUUUUAAACCCUCUCUGACAUUUGUGAGUGAGUGGAGUAAAUAAAUAAAGUGCUGGGUUUGUGCCAAAUAUCUCUUCAGUUUGAAAGGUGUGUGACACAGGCCACAAGGAUUUGGAUAAAUGGUAAAUAAUGAAUAUCAGAAGUUUAGAGGUAAAGAUAUUCUAUCUCAAAAUGCCCUUUCUUGCUUUUGUUUUCAUGCAAAUGUUUUCAGCUGUCUGGCAAGUGCUUGCCUAAACUUCAAAUACUGGCUAGACAUAGGCAUGUUUUGGUAAUGUGGCUCAUCAGUCGUGGCUACAGCAAUAUUCAAAGGGUCCAACUAUAUAGCUUCAUAGAAAUGCUAAUGUUUCAGUUUGAAAGCUGCGAUUUUAAUUUUAUUUUAUUUUUUCCUGAAAGGGACACUUGCCCGAGAUUUACAUGCUUUCAAUGUAGAUUGUACUGAGUGCCUUCUGCUGUUAGACUACAAUUCCCAUGAUUCUGUUUAACUAGGGGUAGCGUUUUAAUAAAUAGUUAAUUGUUUAAACAAGUUUUUGAUUUUUAAAUUAUUACAUUUGUUUUUUUAUUAUCUUUUAUGACAUUGUAGCACUAAUCUACAGGUAGACAUAGAUGUAGAUAUGUAUGUUGCCUGUCUUUUCUUUUUGACAGUUUUAUCCAAUGUUGGUAAGUACUCCUCACUAUAACCAGAUAUUAUUUCCAAAAAGGAUAGCACUCUAAAUAACUAAAAAACAAAAUAAACUUUUAUAAAAUUUCAGCGUUUAUGAUUUGCUUGAAAUCUCUCAUUAGGAAGUCUAAAACGUUGAACAUUUAAUAAAAGUUUAGUUGUAUUCUUUAAAAGGAAACCUAGUGUGCUAUCUAUUUUUUGCAAUUUUGUAUCCUAUGCCUGAUCAGGUACUAAUAUUUUUUUGAGCUAGCCUCGAACCGCAGAUCUAACAAAAAAGCAACACUCACACUUCACCACAAUUUCUAUAUACACUGGACAGCGGAGAAAUUACAACGGUAAGUGGUUUUGCUUGAUGCGGAACAGGUGUGCGGUUUGAAUUUGAUACUCUACCAAAGAACUACAACUCUUGUUGAAAAGCAUACCAUCUAUUCACUGAGUAAUAUUCACAUUGAAAGUGUAAUUGUGUUAAUCUUUGUCUUUAUUUCCAUUUUGUAACCUCUGAUUGCUCAGAGGCUCAGAAGGUUAUUCUGGAAUUUUCAGAUAAAGCCAAAACUGCUCUGUGAAAUACCUUUUUACAUGCCUUUGCUGUUUUAUUCUUAAGGCGCAGUACGCAAAGUUGGAAAUGAUGUUUUAUGAGCAUCUGUCUACUGAACUAUGUCCAAAUUUAUUUUCUGUGACACAGAUGGCUUCCUAAUUGUGUGUUUUUUGUUUUUUUCUUUUUCCUCUACGUUGUGUGAUUACCAUUCAUGAGGCUUACUGGUGAUCAUUUAAAUUGGCACAUUAUAGGUUUUUAAAAUGUAGUAAUACUUUAAAUCUCUCUAUUUAUGUGUUUAUAUAUAGUCAUAUAGAUUAGUAUGGUUAUAGAGUAGCCGUAUCAGUAUUGUGAUACCUGUGCAGAUUAAUAGGAUAGUGUAUGUCAUGUUUUUAUUCUAUCUCCGUAGUAUGGGGGGGGAAAUAAUAAAUGGAAAGAAAAAUGGGAUAAACGGAAACUGUUUACUACUGUAUGUAUUUAAGGAAAAAUACACACACAAAAAAAACAAUCCAAGAUCUACAAAAAAAAAAAAAAAAUAGUCCAACAUUACAAAAGAAAACCUUUGUUACUCUAGAGGUUUUUUUUUUUUUUUUUAAGUCUAUUUAGAUUACUACUACUCUAAAUUAAAAGGCUACUUACCUUAAAUCCAGAUUUCCUCACUGUAGCUGCCCUGACUGGCAGGUCUUCAGUACUGAUGGUCUCCUGAGAGAGGAGCUUACAAUCCAGUGCUUUGUAUCCUAGAACAAGCAUUUCUAGGAUAUAGCACAAUUUUAUAGUAUAAUAGAGAUAACCGGAUAGGAACGUGUCAGGUCUAUCUAGCUAAUAAUCUGGAUACAGGCUAGGUGCAAACAUAUGCGUGAGUUGUAUAGCCAGGAGACAUGCUAGGCUAAGUAAUGUAUGGGUAAACAUGCUGAAUCACAAAUAUGCAAAUACUGCUUGCUAUAGAGACAUAACAAAUGCUACAUGAAAUUGAGCAUGCUUUUAAGAGCAACUGGCGUAAGAGGUAGCCUCUGGAACCAUACUAACACUAGCACCCUGCAUUACAAAAGGUAAGGCAUGAGAGGGCAAGUAGGUAGUAUAGUUGAAUCUAGGAAUCAUUCUUGAGAGUGUAGAAUAAGAAUAUAGUAGUGGGAAUUUCAAUCUGAGAUUUGUUUUUAUUAUGCAUUUUCUUAGUUUUUAUUUGGUUGUUUUUUUUUUUUCUCCUUCAUCUGUAGAGUUGCAAACAUGCAGUGUGCUAGUUUACAUAUCAUGCCCAGAAGGGCAUAUAAUAAUUGGGAAAAAAAACUAGUGAUUUUUUUUAUUUUAUUAAAUAAAAAGUUAGUUUUCCUGUUAAGUAAUCAAGGUUUCUAAAAAAGGAACCUGUAGUCAUUUAGUUUAAAAAAAAAUAUAUAUAUUUUUUUUUUUUGUCAAGUCAAAUAUUCACACAACAAAUCCUUCCUUUGAAUAAGUGGCUCUAGUUUUCUUAAACUUAAAUCCUAAAUCUAAGUAUGUGACCGUCCAUUUGUACAGAUUAGUUCUAUUGUGUUGGAUACCUGCAGAUUUAUGUAGCAGCAUCUUUCUGUUUUAAGGGCAGCUAUAAUCCACGGUUCCUCUCCUUGUAUUAGUUAUUGUACUUAAUACUGGCAGAGAGAGUCUGUCUUCUGUGGUAGGAAUUUUACUACAAAUAAAAAGGUGUAGAAUUGUGCCGUGCACAAAUGUUUGUCAGCAUUUACAACACAUUCAGGAAAUGUUGGAUACCUGUAUGUGAUCACAAGUCACUCUUUGUAAAGCCUGCAUACAGCUUUUUGGCUUUCGUAGACCAAGUUCCAAAAUGUGUGCUCCUGGCCGAACAUUUCCAUAAACAGGAAACUAAUUUUAGAUUCCUUGUAUUUACUAACUUGGUUAAUAUCACAUGUAGACUUGGUUUUGAUAUUUCUAUAAUUCAUCUUCAUACUGUUUUUUGUUUUGCUAUGAAGACUUAAUAUAAAAGCAUUAACUUACCAAGCUGUUGGAUAAUGAAUGUUUAUAAAGAAUAGAUAUCCAAGACAGAAGUGUAGGUCUAUGGGCAUAUCUUACAGCCACAAAAAAAACCCCACCUUAUUUAGUUUCUCAGGAACAGAGUAGAAGAUCCAUGUGUUCUUUUAUGUUGUCAUAUUAUAAACAGACUAAAUGUUUGUUUGUUUUUUAUAUAUCUUUGUAAUUUGACUUAAUCAUUUAAUGGUCUAUUGCAAAAAUUCACAAGUUUAUCAUUUUGAAUGUCUGUAAAAAAACAUUUGACUGAUAUCAGUCUAGCAAACUUUCAGGAACUCGGCCACAACAAAAUCACAACCACGCAAAAUAUAUGAAUGUAGCGCUUAUUGAAAAAGAAGAAAUAGUAAAUCACCUUUUAAAUGGUUUUAAAUGAAGAUAAUUUGAGUGUCUCAAUGUAAUAUCUGUAAAAGACAAUCUGACAUAGUGCAGAUCACACAAUAAAUUUAGUAAAAACGAACUGCUAAUGUUUAAACUCAGACGUGGAGCUAUGGGCCCAGCUCCAGGUUAAUGCGUCUUUGGAUCCAUUUAGGCGAUCCACCCCUAUUAUUGAUGUCCUUUCCUUUUACUCUAAAAAACACAACAGGGGGUACCACCAAUUGCGCAGUAUCGUUUGGAUAUAUAAAUAUGAGAAUAUAAAAUUUCAAGAGUCAAUACUCACAAUGUUGGAGUCAUAAGAAUAUGACUCAAUAAACCCGCAUUGUGCAGAUCAAGGACUGCACUCCUUCUUUGUUGAGAAGUAAAAGCUGGAACCAAUUUGUGUAAAAAAUAAAAAUAACAAUUUUAUUAAAUAUACAUACAAAAUUUAAAUGCCUAAAUCAGCUUAAAAGACCGGAACGCGUUUCGCCAAUUUUAAUUGGCUUCCUCAGCCGGAUAAAAAAAGAUGAAUCCACGUUGUGCAUGUUUCUAAAAUUAGAAAGUUUGGAAAACUAAUGGACAACCCCAGAGUGUCAGCCAAAGAUCUCCAGAAGCUAAUCUCAAAAUCAUUCAAAAUUAAGACCAGAAUAUCACUAAUAUAAGACCUGGUUUUAGGGACAUUGGUUAUAUCUAAGAAUUAUAGUAAACUCAGGGUCGUGGAAUCCUUGCUGUUCAUGUUGGAGGACACAGAAGAGUUUAAAGGGUACUUUAUGUGCAGCCAACCAUACACGUACAAUAAAAGUUAAAAAUUCAGAUGUAAACUACACUAAAAUGUUGAAUAAUUCUAUUAAUAUAGUAAGCAAAAUGUUUUGGUAACCUACUUUGUGUAAGAAUUGAUGUUAUGAGUGCUUUAUUGUAUUGAACAUAUAUAUAUAUGAUUCUCUAUUGUGCUUACACCUUUUACCUUUGUUAAACUACUUCCAAAUAUAACGUUAUGAUUAAUAUUACAUAGCUCGUACUGCGUUACCAUCAAUUUAUUGCUAUUUUGCACAACUCUCCGGCGCAAUCAUAUUUUAUUGUAUUCAUUACAGUUACUUAAAAAAACCAAAUGGGAAAUGCCUCUCUGCACUUUUAGCUACAGUUUAUUGUGCUGCAGCUGUGGAAUAAAAAUCUGCUUACUGAAUAUUUAAUUUUUAUUUUUAAACAGAAAGAACUUUGCAACAUGAUCCUUGAUUGCUGUGCUCAGCAGAGAACAUAUGAGAAGUUCUUCGGCUUGCUUGCAGGGGUAAGAUUAUGCUCCAUUUUAAAUUUUAACCCAUGAAGUCUUUCGUUUGUGGUUUGUUAUUUAGAGGUUUUCUUUCACUCGCUAUACUUUCGUGUUACAUAUCAAUGAAUUUAUUCUUAGAAUUUGAAGAUUACAGCCAAGGACCCACUAUUUUCCUCUGAAAUAAUAUACUAAUGUACAUGUUUUGGGAUAUAUAUAGGUGUGUGUAAUGUAGAAUGGAUUUCUUGAUGAUCUUGCUGUCCUCAGCCAAUCCAAUUAUUUCUUAUAGGAAAGCAUUGGGAGGAUAUUGCGCAUGCUCAGUAAAACUCUACGCUGUGCUAAUCAACAUCUCCCCAUAGAGAUGCAUUAAAUCCGUGCGUCUCCAUGUAUAGCAUGGAGAUGUUGAAUGCCAGUGCUGCACAUUUGAGGUGUCACUAGACAGUAAUGUAAACAGACAUUUCUCAGAAAAGGCGGUGUUUACAUUAAAAAGCCUGGAAGGACACACCAGAACAACUACAUUAAGCUGAGAUUGUUGUGGUGAUUAUAGUGCCCCUUCAAAAGACAAACUUUUCUUCUCUUCCUCAGGUGUGUGUGUGUCUUUCCGUCUCUCUGUGCUAUUUUUAUGCUAAUAAGGUUUUUGUCAAUUUAAUUUAUUCUGUGUAUGUUUUUGCAGCGCUUCUGUUUGUUAAAGAAAGACUACAUGGAAUCUUUUGAAGCCAUUUUCAAGGAACAGUAUGACACCAUCCACCGACUGGAAACCAACAAAUUGAGAAACGUUGCAAAAAUGUUUGCCCAUCUCCUCUACACAGAUUCAAUUCCAUGGAGUGUGAGUAUCUUCUGGGAGAUGUUAUAAGAGUGUAUAGUUGACUUUUAGUAAUUAAAGUCCACCAAAACACAUAAUGUUAAAACUGCAUUAUAUUUGGCGAUUCUUAUGCACAUACACAGAAUUAAAUCGUUAAUCAAUGCAACAAAUGUUGUGGGCUUCUUGAAGGGAUAUUUAUGUCACCCAGACCAAUUCAACUCAUUGAAGUGACCUCGGUGCAGUGUCCCUCUCCUUUUAACACUGCAAUGUAAAACAUAUGUCACUAUGUAAAACAUAUACCACUAGAUGGGUUUCCACUGCACUGAUUCGGUAAAACUAGUCAUGUGACGUCACAUAGGAAAACAUUGAAUACAAUGCUUUCUUAUGAGGAAGCUUGUAUGCACACAUGGUGCUUGCUGUGUAAGCGCAUCAGAUCCCUAAUGCUGCUCUCUGACUGUGCCUCCUCAAUGACGCAGCAGCAGGUGAGAAGCACCUACAGAGUCUUGUCGAUGAAGAACAGUAAUUAAAUCCUUUAUAUUGUUAACUUUAUAGGGGGGAGACCUAUAUCUAACUAGGGACCGGGGCAUUAUAGUGUUAAGAAUGCAGGUUUGUAUUCCUACUACUAUAGAGUUCCUUUAAAGGCAAUACAUUCUAUGCAAUGGGUUGUUAGGUAGUUCAUCUCAUGAAAACACUUUCUUAGGAAUACUUGAAUAUAACUACUCAGCCAGCUAAUUGCAACAAUUGGGUUAUGUCAGGGUAUGAAGGGGUGCUGACCUAUGACAGCAAAUCCCUUCAAGAAUAGGAACCCAAUAUGCAGAGAAAAUAAUGGACAACCACAAGAAAUGAAUGCAGACAGGAAUUUUAUUAUAAGAAGUAUACAAAUAUAAUAUAAGGUAACCAAAGAACAAAAUACAGUAGUAAUACAGUGACAAUAUAAAUCAUACAGUAGACCCAGGACUAGCACAGGAGGUGUGGGCUGUGUUUCAGGGUACAGUCCUUCUGGGUUAAAUAGAGUACGCUGGGCAGGACCAGGUAUGUUGCAUAGGAAAUAGACAGGAUGCAAGGCCAGGGCCACAAGAUACAGAGCCACUGGAUGCAAGGCUAGAUCCACAGGGUACAGAGCCACAAGGUGCAAUGUCUAUACUGCAACAGGAAAAAUUAAACAAUGAUCUGGCCAAGAAGGAAGGGUGAGGCCAGACUAUAAAGGGGCCUAACAGGGGCCAGCUGAAGGUGCUAAUGUUUCUAGAUGUAGAAAAUAGCAUCAAACAGGGUGAGUGGUGAUCAAUGGUACUGCACAAGGGGAUAUCACCUAUGGAGUGAACCGGGACAGGUUACUUCAGAGUGCUUGCUGAGCAGCUUUAUCAAUCUUUAGAUGAACGAAGCUGCUCAUGUUUGCUUUACAAGUUUAUUGAUGCUGCUUAUCAAAUACCCUUAAUUCAUUGAUCUUCAGCAAGUGUGACCACCUCUAUAAAAGCCAAAGUUUUAUAAGUUUGCUGGCCUACAGCAUUUAGGUGUGUUAACACAAUGCCAAGGAGGAAGUACAUCAAUAAUCAUCUUAGAGAAGCUAAUAAACAGAAUUCAAAGAGAAUGUAUUUUCUUUUUUUCCAAUGUCUGUGUAUGUAUAUAAGGUAUACAGGCAAGUGCAAAUUUAGCCCCGGUGAGUAGAAUAUGGCUUGCAUAUUACAUAUUUAACAUGUGCAUUUAGUUUGUUUGUUACAUGGGUCAUAUAUUACAGUUUUUAAUUAUCUUUACUGCCAAUUAAGAAUUAUCACUAAUUUCUCCUGUAUGCAGGUAUUAGAAUGUAUAAAUUUAAGUGAAGAAACUACAACCUCUUCUAGUAGAAUAUUUGUAAAAAUAUUCUUCCAGGAACUAUGUGAAUAUAUGGGACUUCCGAAGCUAAAUGCAAGACUUAAGGAUUUGUAAGUAUUUAAAGAGCAUUGAACUGUAACUAUUUUACCUUCUAGGGCGGAAUGUACAUUGGUAGAUACUAAAUAAAAAUGUAAUAUUUAGUAUUAGGAAUCGUGUGCAAAAUUGAGUUUUAUGUUAUUGCUUUAACAUUAUAACUUUCAUAACUCCUCGUGUCAUUUUUUUUUAUUUGAUUUUUAAAUUCACAUCACCACACCUUACCCAUUUCUGCAUUGAUUACAUUCCAUACGAAUACAGCGUAUUGCUGUUUCACUGAGUAACACCUACACUCCAUCUUCAUGUUUAAAUGGGAAGGUUCCUCUAUACUUUUUAAUAGUGCUAGGCUCCAGCACAGCCUUUGCUCAGCAGUUAUCAUGCAUGGGUCAUUUUCCUGACUAUUUUAUGUAAUCCUGUUAAUAUUGCAGAUAGUACUGUGUAAUUUUUCCCAAAUUAAUGUGUUAACAUUUUUUUAGAUUGUGUAGAAAUAUGUUUAUUGCAGAGGAAAACCGGCAUCUUAGACAUAUUAUAUUCAUUGUUUAAAAAUUUAGGAUGCACAAAAACACGUGGAAUAAUAUUUGUUUGGUUGUACAAAUCUCAACAUAAGUAAAAAUACUGAUGAAAAUAUUCUGCAACUCAACUAUAUUACUAAGUUGGCAUUUUGUUUAGUUUUUUUUCCUUGGUUUUCUUCAGUUUUGCUUUUCUCAUAUCAGAGCAAAAUAUUAAUUGGUGAAUAAGCUCAACAAUAACGAUACAACGCGAAAAUAGAGUUAACUGACUAAGGAAUUCUUCCGCCUUUUCAAUUUAUAAAAGUGCCGAUUUCAAUACAAAAAUUGCCACAUUUAUGUAUCACCUCCUUAGCUGUCCCGCCUCCUUUAGCUCUACUAAAUUUAGAUGAGGCAGGUGUUUAGCUAGACAGUGCCUGCCUUCAAUUCUGAUUUGACAGUCUGCCUCCACUGAAAGUCUCUGCAGGGUAAAAAUGGGAGGGUUUGCAGAAGCUGCAGAUACUAGAUCUGCUUAUAUGUCAAGCUAAUGUUUCAUGUAUCCACAAAGAAAACAUGCAAAAAGUAAAUACAUUGUUUUCUUUCCGGCGUAAUCUGCUAAAUGGUUAAAAUAUUAUUUUGAUUUCAACAGAAUAUUCUUUUAAUUAAGAUCAAAUUAUGAACACAAGCUCCUACUUAAAAUACUAGUUUUAGCAGUGUAGUAUUAAUGGCAGUUCUGUAAUAUAGGCUUUAAUAAUGAUUAUUCUUGCAAUUAUGUAUUUUAGGACUCUCCAGCCUUUCUUCCAAGGAUUACUGCCAAUGGACAACCCAAAAAACACCCGCUUUGCUAUCAACUUUUUCACAUCAAUUGGCCUUGGAGGAUUAACGUAAGUUUGGAAUAAAACAUUUUUUAAAUUUUUUUUUUAAAAUCUGCUUGAAUUGUGUUAUUCAUCUUAGUAAAAUGACAUGUUCUCUACUAUUUAAUGCAGCGAUGAGCUACGUGAACAUCUGAAGAAUGCACCCAAGAUAAUAAUGACUCAAAAGCAGAAUGUAGACUCUUCGGAUUCCUCAUCCCACGGUUCUGCAUCCGAUUCAGACUCCUCCUCUUCUUCUUCUUCUUCUGACUCAGACAGUAGCUCUAGCUCCGCGAGUUCCAGCAGUUCAUCCAGUGGGGGUGACUCAGGUAUUUUAUCUAUAUGUGUGUCCAUGACGUACUUGGAAAUAAAUGUCAAGUUAAAUAUACCUUCCCUUGUUAAUUUAUGUGUGUGUGUGUAUAAUGUUUUAAUAUAUGCACUAUCGUACCCUUGUCCAAACUCUCUUAGCAUAGUAAAAUAUUAAUAAUAAUAAUAAUAGUAAAUGGUUGCAUACAAAAGGGGCUCUGGCUUGUCUUUAUAGUUGUUAAUAGCAAAAGAAGAUGCCUAACCUCUCGUGAUUUUGUUAACUUGCAUAUGGUGUUACCAUGGCUUCUAUUGUUUUCACCUCAAAGGCCACUUACCCAAUUUCAGUAAUUGUACAGGGCUUCUUAAAGAACAACUGUCACCUUAAAACUAUUUUUUAUUAUAAUUAUAGAAUCAUCAAGUCUUGAAAGGAAAUAUUUUUUUUUAAAUGAAGUAUAUGUAAAAAAAAAAAAAAAAAAAACCUCCUCCCUAUCUUUAGUAUAUGACAGGAUCCUUCAGCCAUAUACAUGCACCUUUGGACAGACAGUGUUUGAAAACAGUCUACAUGGAGUGAAGCAAGGUGGGACCACAGAGAUUGUAUUUUUUUUUUUUUUCCACUCAUUGUCUGACCCAAGGUGCAUGUAUAUGGUUGAAAUAUCCUGUCAUAUACUAAAAGUUAGGAUUAGUUUUUCUGACUCUUUUGCAUAUGCUUCAUGUAAAAACAAACGUAUAUCCUUUUUAAAACUUCAUGAAAUGAUUAUUAUGCUAAGAAAUAGUUUUAAAGGGACAAUUGUGCUAUAAGUCACUUUUGGGGUGAUGAGCUUCCUUAUAAUCACCAGACAUGUGAUUUUCAAAUUCUAAAGACCCCCAAACCCCUCCAUAAAAUUCUGAUCUAGUGGAUGUUGCAGAUGAGAGCCCUAUUUUAAAAUUGCAAAGUCCUUAAAAAUCACUAGUCAAGAUAUUACAUUUGUCAUAAUCUUAUUUACUAGGGAAGUAUCUUCUUCUUAGAAUUUAAGAGCAAAGAUUAUUGCAGAAAUGCUGUCGUAUGAAUUUUUGAUCAGUGAAUGCUAAAAAUUGCUUUUUAUUUUACUUCUCCUUUCUGCAUUCCUAUAUUGGCAUUAAGAGCGUUGGUAAUUUUAGAGAAGUGCUUUCACAGCCUUAUUCAAAUAUCCAACGUGCCUUUUACUCAGAUUGUUUAGAGAGCAGAUGAUAAAACAGCAUGAACUUCUGUAUUUAGGGGAUCUGGCUGAUUUGAGAUUAAUUUGAUUUAUAACGUUACUGCAGUGGUAGACAUAUUGAGACUUCUUAAUGGUAAUAUACUGCAGUGGUUGAAGGUCUCACAUAAUGUCUGCAUUUUGAAAAUUAUUUUGUUGCAGCCCUGCUACGUACAACUGCAGAAUUAUUUUUCCAGGAGGGGAUAUGUUCACUGCAUAAAUUUACUGUGAACCUGAGUGGAAUUGUGCAGUAUGUAGCUAUAUUCUGCAUUGUGUAGGGAUAUUUUUUUUGUAUGUUUUAAAUAUCAUUAAGAUUAAGGAUAAAGAUGUUAAUAUAUAACCUAUAUUUUUGGUAUCCAUUAACAUAACUAUACCUUAUUGUACUUAUUUAUGUAAUCUUUUUGGGUAUAAAAAAAAAUCCUUGCUUUAUUUUAAAUUUCUAGUAAAGACAUUCAUUCAGAUGACAAAACGUUUUAUAUGGCAGGAAAUAGUUAAAAGUUCUGGGCCACAGCUACAUAAUUUAUCAACUCAUAGGGCAACAGGCUUUGAUACCCCGCUAUGUCGACUUAGCCUUUUAUGUGUUUGAUGUUAAUCAAGUUAACCUUUUCAAGUUUGGUAAUACAAACUGCUCUUGAGACGCCCACAGACACGAUAACCACUAUAGCUUAUUACAGUGUUGUUGUUUUUUUUAUAUAGCAAGUUGUACCUACUGUGUUGAUUUUUAAUUCCUCAAAGGAACGUUUUCAUGUUAGGAAUACAGCUUUGUAUACCUAACACUAUAGUGUCCCUCUCAUCCUAAUCACUAUUCCAGUGGUGAAGUCCCGUGGUGCUGGCUAUGUCUCCUUAGACGUCAUAGUGAGGGGGAACAUAAUGCGCAUUCGCGGCAAGCAUUAGGCAUUCCCCAUAGGAAAGCAUUGAGUAAGUGCUUUGCCCAUGGAGUUUUGUUGGACGUCCAGCAUAAGUUCACUGAGUUUAACUCCGUGAAACGGCAGGAAGUACCUCUAAUGGCUGUCUAGUAGACAGCCGCCAGAGGCAACCUUAGCUCUGCAAUAUAAACAUUGCAGUUUCUCUGAAACUACAAUGUUUUACAUUGUAGGGCUAAGGGGAUAGGGACACUGCAACAAGACUACUUCAAUGAGAUUAAGUGGCGUAGGUGCGUAUAGUGUCCCUUUAACUUUUUUUUUUCUGCUUAAUCUCCCUCUUCCCACUUAUAGCAUAUGAGGAAGCAAUGUUUUUUUCCAAUUCAACGAUUAAAUUGUUUGUAAAGGAAAAGCAUCAAUUGCAAGAAGUGUGCAACCUUUUCACUUGCAAGAAGUGUGAUGUGUGUAUGGCAAGACAUUGCUCCCAGCACAGCACAGCACAGAUUCUACAAAGUGAAGAUGGCUGACUUUGAAAGCAAUGUGUGAACACACCCGAAAAGAUCUAGGACGGAAUCCAUGCUUUCCCUUAUAAUGUCAGUGUGAAGUGGGUGGAGUCAUGGCACCUUUGAUUUUUUUUUAUUAUUUUUUUAUCAAAACAAACAUCUUCAAAUGUAAAUGUUUAAAAAGCAGUAUCUUAAUCUCAUUAACCCCUUAAGGACCAAACUUCUGGAAUAAAAGGGAAUCAUGACAUGUCACACAUAUAAUGUGUCCUUAAGGGGUUAAGCUGUAUUAGGCAUGGUUCUUGUGUGUCUGUUGUUUUCAUUAUUAAAAAAAUACGUUUUUUUUUUUUUUUUAAUUUAGAUUCCCCUAAGAGAAAAAAGACUUCACAGAAGAAGAAAAGUAAGCAUUCCCAAAAGGAACCUCCAAAAAAACAAUCCAAUGAAGGUAGACGCAAAGAAUCAACCGACAGAAAACAUCACAAGGACAGGGAUGAGGACAGAUCAAAAAAGCAUGAAAGCCGCUCAAAACACUCCCUGCACUCCAGGAGCUCCCACAGAUCAUCUCUUAUGUCCCACUGAUACUCAGUAUUUUAAAAUUGAUAUUUUGUGUACCAUUAGGGGGUUUCUAAAAGUAACAGGACUAUUUUCAACUUAUUUUUAUAUAAUACUUCCCUUGACAAAAUAACUGCUUUGUACAUAACGAACAAGAUACUUUCAUGUGCUGGAACCAUUUGUUAGGACAUUAACUGUACGUUACUGUUAAAUACUGGCAUUUAUCUAUUGGAGAAACUAUAAUGCCAAAACCAAAGCUGUAUUUUAGCAGCUGUCAUUGAUACAUGAAAUUGUUCUUUCUAUGGUUUUGAAACUGUUACUUUUCAUAUGUCUAUAUUAAAACCUGCUCUUUUGUAACCAUUGUUUAUUGAUGUGGUUUGUAGUCUACUUGAAAUCCACGGAAUUUUAUAUCAGUGUUUCAAUUAGCGGCUUGCAAUUGCAUCUUGGUAAACCUGGCCCUCCA